AUGGCUGAUAAAUUGAAAAAAUAUACGUUUCAAAGGAGAAUGGCAAUGAACGAUUUAGAAACGUUAUUGCGUUUAUCCAAUUCUUCUCUUACAGAGGUUCAUAAGCAGUCGCUUUUUCGUGUUCGGUACUCAGAGUUAGACGAUGUUUUGGAGAGUUUUAAUAAAAAUCAUCAAAACAUCGUUACAAAUCUUUUGAACUCUGAACCUACCGAUGCUCAAUUAGAUUCUGAGGACAUUAUUCGUUCCCAAUUUUUAAAUGAUUAUUAUCAGAUCAAGGCUAAUUUCGCGGAUCUCUUUGAAAAUGAUGAUAAUAGUCAAAAAAAUGAGCAAGAUAUCGCCGCUUCGAAUGCAGUACAACCUCCUAGUAAUGUUCGCUUGCCGCAGUUAGAAUUAGUUAAAUUUUCCGGUGAGUUUACGUCAGCAAUUACUUUUUUUGACUUGUUCGAUGCGCUUGUGCACCGUAGACCUAACGUUGAUGAUACGGAAAAAUUAACGUAUUUGAUUCAAAGUUUAGAAGGGCCUCCUUUAAGGUUAGCUAAAUCCUUGCCUUUAGCUAGAGAAAAUUAUGUUAGGAUUUAUGAUAAAUUAAAAAAUAGGUAUUUAAAUAAACGUUUGCGUGCAAUGGCACAUUGGUGCAAAAUUGAAGAAGCUCCCGCAACUAUGUUUAAGAAUUCUGAUAGUUAUAGUAAUUUAAUUGAUACCUUUUCGGAAAAUUUAUCAGCUUUAGAAAAUUUGGGUUAUAAAAUUUCGGAUUUUGUGUUAGCUUACAAAAUUCUCACCAAGCUUGACGAGGAGACUCACCAACGUUUUGAAUUAUUACAUGGGUCUAGUGAAAUGCCUACUUUUAUUCAAUUAUCUGAUUUCCUAGAAAGUCAAUGCAUUUCGUUUGACUCAUCCUUGUUGUCGCCUUGUUCUCCCAAGGAUUCUAAUAGAAAAAAUAAAUCGCCUUCUAAACACAAUGCAAAUAAAAAUGGUUCUAAAGUCAAUAAUCGCUAUAGUUUUUUUUCGAAGCCUAAUGCGACGACUUGUUUGUUAUGUUCUGCCGAUCACCAUUUAAAAGAUUGUUCUUUAUUUUUAAAUAAAUCUCCUUAUGAACGGUACAACGCUUGUAAGAGAAUGCGUCUUUGUUUUAAAUGUUUAGAAAAACACGAUUCUCGUAGUUGUAGUGUCACCUCUCGUUGUUGUCAUUGUAAUUCAUCCCACCAUAGUCUUUUACAUUUUAAAAGUUCUGAAAGUGCCACUCAAGGCGCUACUUCUGUUGCUGCCGUUCCAACUACUGCUUCUUCUGAUGCUCAGGUUAAUACUGGAACAUUGAGCUCACAUGCUGCAUCAUUAGGUAGUGUUACCUCAAAAAACUCGAGCGUUUUGUUAGCUACUGCUGUGGUAGAAAUUAUGGAUGGUUGUGGAUUGUAUCAACCUGUUCGAGCUUUAAUUGAUGGGGGCAGCAUGACCUCUUUUGUAUCUCAGUCUUGUAUUCGUCAGUUAGGUAUUAGACAUUCUUCUGCUACCUUAUCGGUACAAGGUAUUGGUGCUAUAAAAAGUACAGUGGUUGGUCGAGUUGAUCUUCAGAUAAAACCUGUGGAUAGAGUGGAUCCUAUUUUUAAUUGUGAGGCGUUUGUGUUGCCAAAAAUUUGUGAGGACCUACCCGUUGUUAGUUUGGAUGUUGGGCAUUGGUCUUAUAUUGCUAAUUUAAAGUUGGCAGAUCCUCGGUUUCAUCUACCUGGUAAGGUGGACUUAUUGCUUGGAGCUGAUAUAUUUUCUCAGUUAUUAUUAGAAGGUAAAGUUCAAACUCCUAGAGGUAUGCCUGAUGCUCUUAAUACCGUUUUUGGCUAUGUCCUUAUGGGUCCCUGUAGUUCGGUUCCUAUGACAUCUGCCACCUCGUUGUUUUGUCACGUGGAUCAAAUGGUUUCGUUGGAGGAGUCUGUAAAGCAGUUUUGGAGUUUAGAAACUGUUCCUGAAGUAGAAUGUUCAGCUCCUGAAGAUAUUCUUUGUGAGAAUAAUUUUGUUGAGAGUGUUUGUCGAGACGGCUCUGGUCGUUAUACCGUUGCUCUACCUUUCAGGGAAUUAUCUCCUGUUUUUCCAGGAAUGUUUGAGUUAGCUGUAAAUCGUUUUCUUUCCUUAGAAAAAAGGCUUUUGAAAAAUCCUAGUGUUUAUCAGGAAUAUUGUACCUUUAUGAAAGAUUAG